UACAAGGGGGUCUCCAUUCGGCUUGGGUCUGAUUCAUGACGCCUAUUUGCCCCGUCCGAUCAUUGAAUGAGGUCGGGAACUUGGAGCGGGCUAGUCGUCUACGUUGCAAUAUGCAAUAGGAGUGAUCAUUAACCCAUCAGCCCUUAUAAUCUACUCCUUUCAUUAUUUAUGUCCUAUUUAGAAAUCGUAAUAUCAUCUAGAAUCCAGCUCAAGAAUAUCCCAUCAGAAUUAUAUCAGGGAAGUGAAAAGAAGAAGAAAAGGGACAUUUAAUAUUAGUAUCGACCUCUAAAGAGAUCUCGGAGCUAUGACGACAGAAUCGAGAUAAAAUAGUAGUUUCUCGUUGCCUGGAGCAUUCGAACUCAAACACCGACUUUCUAACCUACCUACAUAGUCUUUAUUUGUUUGCAUAUUCGCAUCCUAUUAACACCAAUUAUUCUGAGAGGGUCGAGGAGUAACUUUUAACAUUCCCUCCUUUGUCUUCUAAUAGUUCUAGGAUAUAGUAACUUGUUGUGUUACCUCUAUCGCUGCCGGCUCUCAACGCCGCGUGAUCUUCGUCAUCAGUAGCGACAGCUUCGUCAUCAUGGAGGUCGCUGACUCUUCUAACCCUAGCAAGGUUGGGAAGCUCCUCCCCAUGAAGUUAGCAACAAAACGAUGGAAGAAGCAACCUUCGAAAGAGAGUUUAGGUUCGACAGCUAGUAGCGAAGACUAUUCUCGAGGAAGAAGCACAAGCAGUCUUGGCCUUAAGAACGGCUCUUUCUCGACUACGCAAGUCAACAAGAUGGCAAAAGACGACGAAGAUGGAAGGGAGGAACCCGAAGAAAGCCCCGAAGCCUAUUAUUCUGACCCUGAAGAUGUGUCUGCGGCUCGACCCACGGUCCCUUCAACGCAUCCGUCCCAAAUUGGGCAGUUGACAACUUCGUCACCCUUAAUCCAGGCCGAUCACCUUCCCGAAAUACAGAAUCUGAGCACUGACGAUCUAACCAACACUUCACGAUCUGCCACCUUCGCCGUUACGCCUAUCCCUAGCUUUUCCUACGAGCCGGCUCGUCAAUUAUCUCAUACCAAGACUAGCUUGCAACCACCCCAAACUCCUUCGAGCCGGCCGAAAUCGCCUACUAGUAGAUUUAGGGACGCUUUCAGGGGCAAGAGAAACGCGAGUGGUGUGCAGGAAGUUGGUAGCGACAGUCAGACAGACGCUGCUGAUAACGAGGAGGUGAAGACGUUGUCCCGGAGGUCGACCGCCGGAUCUACUUCUCGUCCAGGAUCGAGCACGGCUUCACAGUCCGAUACCAAUGACAAAAAGGUAGCUUCUUCUGCACGUCCAGGUCGACCAAAGCAACCACCAUCCAUCGAUACUUCAGGUCGCCCUCUCACGCCGCCCUCGAUCGAACCCGCAGCUCCAGUUAUUGUUAAUACACCGCCGACCCCGACCGAAAGCCAUCGCUCGAGGAAGAACUCGGCAGUCAGCGCGAGCUCGGUCCCAAAUGUGGUUGUCCAGCCUUCGGGUAGUAUGAUAUCGAACCGACGAAAGAGAUCAGGAUCAGGCACAAGCAUUGGCCCAAGCAAGCUAUCUAAUAUAACGUUGGCUCCUCUAACACCGACACCCGAAAACCCAGCACCACUAACUCCGGGAGGCGGUUUUUUCUCGAGCAUGCUAUCUGCUGCACAAAACGCUGCCAACACGUUGAGUACCGCCGUCACCAACACUAAUAUAGGAUCGGGUGGAAACAAGGCCAAAUCGAACGUCCCUAGAGAGACGCAGCCGGGCGACGACGACAGGGAACUUGCCGUAAAAACCCUCGGAAUGGGUGAUCUAAGCCUAAGCCAGCUGGGAAUCCAGGAACCUGGAAGCACCGCACCUACUCCGACCACUAACAAAUUCUCCGACUCUACCACCGAAUCAAGGACACGUUCUGAAUCCGCACCCGUGGAUAAUACGACCGCACCUGCUAAUGGAGAAGGCCAUUCCGACGACCUGGCGCUAGAAGGACCACGAUCUGUUUACGAGCCAUCCUCUACGUCCCCCCCAACCAGUCUAUAUGAAGGUAAGUCAGGCCUUCAACGUAGUGGCAGCACUAAGAGUGCUCUGGCCCGGACAAGACGGAAACGCGGUAGUACCGGAGGGACCGCUGGAACUGGAACCACGAUCGGUGCGGCCAUCGCAGCAGCUAAUGCCUCUGUAGCCCACCCUUCCGCCGCCGGUAGUACCCCAAAGCUCACAGGGUUUGCUGUAGCGAGUAAGAAACGCAACCGGGAUUUCCACGUCUUGUUCAAGAGUGUCCCCGAUGACGACUAUCUGAUUGAAGAUUACAGCUGUGCGCUUCAACGUGAGAUCCUCGCACACGGCAGACUCUAUGUUUCGGAAGGCCAUCUAUGUUUCAGCAGUAAUAUCUUCGGAUGGGUAACGACCCUGGUUAUAAGCUUCGACGAGAUUGUAUCCGUCGAAAAGAGGAGUACCGCUCUCGUCUUUAAGAACGGCCUGAUGAUCUCGACGCUUCAUGCUAAGCAUGUAUUCGCUAGUUUUACUAGUCGAGACUCGACUUACGAUUUGAUCGUUAACAUUUGGAAGCUUGGACACCCUACCCUACAGAGUUCGCUUAACGGGGUUUCGCUGGAGGGGACAGGUGGCGAUAAAACGGAGAAGGUUGAAGAUGUCGAUGCUGCAGUCGGAAGCCGAAGCGGCACAGGAUCCGAAGAGGAAGAGAGCGAAGAUGGGGAGGAUGUCUAUGACGAAGACCAGGACGACGACGCGCUCGAGGUAGCAAAGACCACCGACGCAAGCCCCGCUGACACGGAUGGCGAAAAGUCGGGCGCCAGGAAGGUAUCUGGUGCAGUUAUCGGCAACGGUGCUGUUGAGAAGACAGACUUUGCGCCUACACCCUCCGGGCCCCCCGAUUUCCCAGGACCGGCUACUCAUGCACCGACGGAUUGCGGCGAUACAGAUGCUCACUACGAAGUAGUUGUCGGCGACGAUAUUAUCCCUGCCCCUCUAGGAAAGGUGUACACUUUGAUAUUUGGACCUGCAUCUCCAGCGUGGAUGGGGAAGUGGCUGACGGGCGAACAAAAGUGCACUGACUUGCAGAUGGAAGACAAGAAAGGACUGACCCAAGACAAUAAGAGCCGAGGAUUUACUUACAUCAAACCGCUAUACGCCUCGAUAGGACCCAAGCAGACCAAGUGUUUAGUGACGGAGACGCUAGAGAACCUCGAUCUUGAAAAGAGCGUCAAUGUGUUGGUUGUUGUGCAGAACCCGGACGUACCUAGCGGCAACAUAUUUUGUGUAAAAACUAAAUACUGUCUCUCCUGGGCCGAAAACAACUCGACUCACGUAAACAUCAACUGUACUAUCGAAUGGUCAGGAAAGAGUUGGCUGAAAGGACCUAUCGAGAAAGGGGCUAAAGAGGGCCAAACUCAGUAUUGCAAAGAUCUCUUCGCCGCCCUAAAAGGAGCAGUUUCUACCGCACCUCGUUCUGUAGCUGUUAAUGGCGGAGCGGCAAAAGGCAAGAAAAAGCGAGCUAAGGGCAAGUUGCACCAACCUUCUAAGGAAAGCUUGUCCGGCCCAUCAGACUUGGUGGUGACGAAAUCCCAAGACUGGGGUGUGUUUGAGCCGCUCCACGGUAUCCUCGGCCCUGUGUUGGACAUUCUCGGACCGAUACUUACCGGCAAUGUUGUGUACGGACUGCUCGUCGGGCUGCUAGUAGCGACAUGGUUUGGUUUCGGGUUCAAUGGUCAACCGAGGGGUUCGCCGUACGGGCGUGAUUUGGGCUUCAUGGGAUAUCCGGACCGCGUGGUCGCCUACGAUGAGAUCUGGAGGCGAGAGGAAAGCGAUUUAUGGGACUGGUUGGAAGAUAGGGUAGGCCUCCAUCGCAUGAGCGAAGAAGCGAUGCCCGUACGCAAACGGGUAAUGGAGCCACGAACAGUUGAAGAAAAGUUGCGCGAGGAGCGCAUGAACGAGCGAGAAGUCGAAGAAGCUAUCAAGGUGACGGAGGAGAAGUUACAGGUUCUAAAAUCGGUCAUGGAGCGAAAGAAGACACCUCCGAAAUCGAGCGUUUAUGGUAGACCAACUACCAAAGUACCAGCGACUGAGAGGUAGCGAUAAGAAAAGGAGAAGAGGAAGAAGAAGAAGAACAACCAGCGAGUUUACCACACAGGCACACACAGGCACACACAGACAUUAUCAACAUACAACAGCAAAGCAAAAGCUACGACAGCCGAUUCCAUAUGUCAGCAACCAUAGCAUGCACGACGCCACGACGAAGCACAUUGAUUUUUAUUAUGUAACUCAUAGCCUGUAUUGUACAUUUGAAAGUGUCAAAUUUUUCAGCUUCGUCUAGGUGUUUAGGGCGUAGGGCUUUCGGAAUUUUGCUAUUUUAGAGACAAUCUAUUUUGUAAUAUAUAAGAGACAGCAUUGCAACUUCGGAAGGGGUCUGUUAUAGAGGGGUGGUAGGACUGCGAUAUAGUAUACAUUUUAGUUCUAUUGACAGAUUAUUUGAAUUGUGAUGACUAUAC